UUGCCAAGAGGGGGUGGGGGAGAGGAAAGUGUGUCAGGCAACACUGCAGUCGCAGCCUUUUCUCGUGCUCAGCCCCGCUGCUGCUGCUGCAACUGCUGCUGCAACUGCAACUGCAACUCGGGGGCUGCUGCGCGGCUCCGCUGCCGGCCAAGUUCUGGCGCUGAGCGCGGCGCGGGGGCAGCGCUGCCUCCGCCGCAGCACCGCCUGCCCGCCCUCCUCCCGUCUAUGCCUUUUUUUAUUCCCCCACCCCCAGCCUGAAAUGCCCAUGAAAGCCUCGGAGGGGCUCGGGCAGGAAGGGGCCAGCACAUCUCCGUGGGAUGAUGCCCGCUCUCCGCCGGCGGGGCGCGGGGUGGAAUUCCGCCGGGAAUGAAGUGCUCGCUCGACAUUUGCUGCAUCUGCCGGAGCGCCAGGGUUCAGCGGCUGCCUCCCCUUCAACCAGCUGUUCCGGUUAAUCACUGCGCUUCCAACUUUUGCUUGGCAAUGCCUGAUGGACAGUGGAGCCGAGAGAACUAGCACCGGAUUUUUAGGACCUCAUUAAAAAAAAAAAAACCCAUACCCUUAAUUUUCCUAUUUCUACACAGGACUGGCGAGCCGCAGGUUAAACAGCCGUGUAAAGAUAUUUCUUCCUAAAGGAUUGCCACAUUUCUGAGUCCUCGCAAACUGGAGAGCCCCGGACGAUUCGUGCUCGAUCUCGCUGCCGGGCGGUGCGGGAGCCGCGUGUGCGCUGCAGCCGCGCUCGGCGCGGGGAGGCAGCCGGGCUGCCCGGGAAGCGAUUCCAGCCAGGCAGGGGGACAAAACGGAGCGGCUCUUGCAAUUAGUUGAAUGAUUUGAUAGAUAACAGCAGACAUGCUUUGUGGACUGAAAAAGGAUUUGCAGUCAGACUUUGAUGAUGGCCCUUACUCAAAGGGAAGCAAGGACUCUGGAGGGAUGGAUGCAGCCCUGGUCUCCAGGAGGCAAAGCAUCCCAGAGGAGUUCAGAGGGGUCACAAUCGUGGAGCUGAUUAAGAAAGAAGGAAGCACCCUUGGUUUAACCAUUUCAGGUGGCACAGACAAAGAUGGAAAGCCAAGAGUCUCCAAUCUGAGGCCAGGGGGACUGGCUGCAAGGAGUGACCAGCUGAACGUGGGGGAUUACAUCAAGUCUGUGAAUGGCAUUAACCUGACCAAGCUGCGGCACGACGAGAUCAUCAGCCUGCUGAAGAACGUGGGCGAGAGGGUGGUGCUGGAAGUCGAGUACGAGCUCCCUCCAGCCGUGCCAGAAAGCAGUGCUGGCAUUAUUCCCAAGACCAUUGAAGUGUCCCUCUACAAGGAAGGCAACAGCUUUGGCUUUGUGCUGAGAGGGGGAGCCCAUGAAGACUGGCACAAGUCCAGGCCGCUGGUGCUCACCUAUGUGAGGCCAGGGGGCCCUGCAGACAGGGAAGGGUCCUUGAAAAUUGGGGACAGGCUGCUGAGUGUGGACGGGAUUCCUCUGCACAGCAUGACCCACGCUGAUGCCCUCAACAUCCUGCGGCAGUGCAGCCAGGAGGCACUUUUCCAGAUUGAGUAUGAUGUGACCAUCAUGGAUACUGUAGCAAAUGCUUCUGGUCCUUUACUAGUUGAAAUAGCAAAGACUCCAGGGUCCACGCUGGGAAUCACACUGACCACAGCCAUGCACCGGAACAAGCAGGUCAUCGUCAUCGACAAGAUCAAGCCAGCCAGCGUGGUGGACAGAUGUGGUGCGUUACACGUUGGUGACCACAUUCUCUCCAUUGAUGGCACAAGCACAGAGCACUGCUCCUUGUUAGAGGCAACUCAGCUUUUAGCUGCCACUUCCGAAAAUGUCAAGCUGGAGAUAUUACCUGUUCACCAAAGCAGGCUGCCUUUGAAGCCUCCAGAAACAGUCAAGGUGCAGAAGAGUGACCACCAUCACUGCUGGGACCCCUGUGUCAACUACUGUCACACCCACCACCCUGGACACUGCAAGACACCCACUUGGACCCAGACAUCUGGACAGGAUUACUGCAAAUCUCUGGUGGCUGCCAACUUCUCGUCUCCCACCAUGAACGCGCAGGGAUUCCCGUGCCAGAACUCCAACACGCUACCUCGCAGCUCCCACCCCAUGAGCCCCCGCACCACCAUGCUGAGGAGGAGGCAGAAGAAGAAGGAGCACAAGAGCUCACUGUCACUGGCCUCCAGCACGGUGGGUCCUGGCGGGCAGAUAGUUCACACGGAGACGACAGAGGUGAUCCUCAGGGGAGACCCUCUGAAUGGCUUUGGACUUCAGCUCCAGGGAGGCAUCUUUGCUACGGAAACUCUGUCUUCCCCACCUCUCGUCCGUUUUAUUGAGCCUGACAGCCCGGCAGAGAGGUGUGGGCUGCUGCAAGUAGGAGACAGAGUCCUUUCCAUCAACGGCAUCGCGACGGAGGACGGGACCAUGGAGGAGGCCAACCAGCUCCUGCGGGACGCGGCGCUCACCAACAAAGUGGUGCUCGAGAUCGAGUUCGAUGUCGCAGAGUCUGUCAUACCCAGCAGCGGUACUUUCCACGUUAAAUUGCCCAAGAAAAGAGGUGUAGAGCUUGGAAUUACAAUCAGCUCUGCAAGCAGAAAGCUUGGGGAUCCUUUGAUCAUCUCUGACAUCAAGAAGGGGAGUGUUGCACACAGAACUGGCACCUUGGAGCCUGGAGACAAGCUGUUAGCCAUUGAUAACAUCCGACUCGACAAUUGCUCAAUGGAGGAUGCUGUGCAGAUUUUAAGGCAGUGUGAAGACCUGGUCAAAUUGAAGAUUAGGAAGGAUGAAGAUAACUCUGAUGAGCAGGAGACAACUGGUGCUAUUAUCUACACGGUGGAGCUGAAACGAUAUGGAGGCCCCUUGGGAAUAACCAUCUCUGGGACAGAGGAACCUUUUGAUCCCAUUGUCAUUUCAGGCUUGACUAAACGAGGGCUGGCAGAGAGAACCGGAGCCAUCCACGUUGGGGACCGGAUCUUGGCGAUCAACAACGUGAGCCUCAAGGGCAAACCGCUGAGCGAGGCCAUUCACCUGCUGCAGAUGGCAGGGGAGACUGUCACCCUCAAGAUCAAGAAGCAGACAGAGAAAUCCUACCCCAAGAAGUCGGGGAGCAUAAACGAAGUGAGUGACCCAGAAGACGAGCUGACAGACUCCCAGAAAACUAGCAAGCUGUCUGAAAUGUACUCCUCCACAAUUCCAAGUGUGGACAAUACUGUGGAGUCCUGGGAUGGCUCUGCCAUUGAUGCUGGGUAUGGAAGCCAAGGUACAUACAUACCCCAGGCUGCUGGCAUAGCCCUCCAUCCACACGAGUGGAGACACAGCAGGCAGAAGAGCAGCACCCCUCCAGCAGACCCCAGGAAAAACUACCCCUACAUGGAUGGAAGCUUCAGUGAAGAUGACUGGGACAAAUCCAGCAGAUACCCCAACCGCCAAAAUGGCCUUGAGACCACUCAUGAGGACAAUUUUUGGCGUGUUUUUGGAGAAGCUUUGGAGGAUUUGGAAACAUGCGGCCAGUCUGAACUUUUGAGGGAGAUUGAGGCAUCCAUCAUGACAGGGAGCGUGCACAACCUGGGCUUGGAGGGCAGCAAGCUGCUCCUGGACUCUGUCAACCCCUCGGGAAUGAGCCCACUGAGGAAAGCCAACUCCAGCUGCACCGACGGACAGACUGAGGGCAGCAGCUCCCCCGCCAAGAAGAACGAGAGGAACCUGGACAUGAAGAAGAUGGAGAAGGAGAUGCAGGAAAUCAUGUCCCCGACCCCCCUCGAGUUUCACAAGAUGACACUCCACAAAGACCCGGAGAGCGAAGACUUUGGAUUCAGUUUGUCGGAUGGCCUGUUAGAAAAAGGUGUCUAUGUAAAUAUGGUCCGUCCGGAUGGGCCAGCAGAUCAGUGUGGCCUCAAGCCAUAUGACAGAGUGCUUCAGGUAAACCGCAUCCGAACGAGAGACUUUGACUGCUGUCUGGCCGUUCCCUUGAUUUCAGAGGCUGGAGAUAAGCUGGACCUGGUGAUUAGCCGGAACCCCUUGGCCCUGGCUGCCAAUGCUCCCUCGGAGGGGAACAGAGAGCUCCCAGCACAGGUGCCCCACAGCGCCGAGGUCAAGGCGAGUGUCCAGACACUCUGAGCAGCAGGAGCAGAGCAGAGGAUGCCUCUGCUGAGCUCUUGUGGUAUUUGGGGUGUUAUUCCUGGUUUUUUGCACUGGUAUUUGUAAAUGCUCUGUGUACCAUAUCCUGCAAGUGGGGAGGUGGGUCUUCACUGAGCCUGUAGACCGCCAAAUGUUUCUGGGAAGGUCAGAGCUGGGUGUGCGUCUGGGGCUGUGGCAGCGAUGGCAGCAGGACAAACUGCAGGAGGAAGGAGCAUCCACAGCCAUCCCCCAUGGCAGGGCAUCCCCCUGUGCUUCUGCCAUCGAAUGUGCAGGGUCCUGCCUCUGACAUUCUUCUCACCCUGAAAGGCCUUGGCCAUCCUACAAACACACAUGGUGCUAUUAUGUUCUUUCUUUGCUCAGUUAAUCACACACAGCAAGACUGAAAUGCCUUUCCUUUUAUGUUGUGCCCAGCUCCAUCCUUUCAACAGUCCUGGCAAAUCAAUUCCUGCAGCCCCUUGCACUCCCAGUGCAGGGCUGUGGAGAGAGCCAGUUAAAAGACACUUUAAAAUGUGCUUGAGAGUGGCUAAAUGCAAUUCUUGUGCAGAAAUUGGUGUUUGCAGCUGUCUCCUGCCAGCCCUAUCCACACUCUCCCCUAGGUCUGGCUCACCUGUAGUGGGAUUAGGCGCCUUGUGUGCCUGAUUCCCAUGAGCAGUGUUGUUACCUGUGCUCAGUAGUGAUUGCAGAGUAGAGGCCAUACCCAAAGCUAAAGGCCCUGAGUACCUGCCUGAAUCCCCCUUGUUUGUCUGAGCUUUACAGAGAUGUCUUGCUUGCAAACCUGGCCUGUGCUUGGAAGCAAAUAGCAGAGUAGCAAAAUUCCCACGGCUGCCCCUGAUGUUUUGGAUCAAUGAAACCUUUCUGUCUCCCCUGAGGCAGAGGAAUGACAAGCCCUUGGCUGGGUGGAGGUGAUGUCCUGUGUCCCUGUGGGCUGGGUGUGCGUGCCCCUUUGCCUGCUGCUGGCCUCUUGUAGCUCUGUGGCUGCUCCCCUGCUGCCCGAGAGCCCCGCGUGGCAGAGGGGCUGUGGCGUUUGCAUUGCCUGCCCUGUUUCCCACAUUAGCACUUUAUGAUGAUGUCCCUGUCCUGGUGGUGGCGUGCAGCUUCACUUUCCCUGGGAAGGCUGGGCCAUGGAGUCCAAGAGCUCCUUUGCUCAGACAGCAGCUCCUGAGCCCACUGCCCCGUUCCCUGCUUGCCCUCCCAGUUCCCCCAUGCCCAGCUGCACGCCAGGGCUGUGUGGAGGGAGCUGGGUGGGUGUGCAGCACGUCUGCGUCGCUUUGCUGAGCCAGGACUGUCCCCGCGCUGUCUGUCCCCUCCAGCCCCUGUGACAGCACAGAUGUUCCUCCCAGGCACGGCCCCAUCCAGCUCCUUGUCGUUGUAGCCAUUUUCUCUUUGAGUAUGCAAUAUCCCAUACCAUUGCUGCCACAGCUAGAUAAUGUGCCAUAAUUGAUACUGUGGAGCAUUGACAGUGCAGCCGAAAGUGUUUUUAUAUGCAAUAUUCUGAGCAGUGGAAGCUCACUGGGGCUUCUCAUAGGUUUUUAAUGAAGACUUUUAUUAAAGGCUUUAAAAAACAAAAAAAAAAGAGAAGGAAGAAAAACUUGGUCCUUGUAUCCCUUCCUAUGCAUUUUGAAUGAUAUGAAGAUGAAAUGCAUUACUUAAAUGUGUAUUUUUAUCCAUAUAUUAGAGUGUAUUCCUUGUAAAGUAUUUUUAUAUGCUAAUUUUCUUAUGUAUCUAUGAAAGCACAAUAUUUAAAAGUACAGCAUUUCAAAGGAUAUUUUAGUCCUGUUUUGGACCUAUUUGUAAAUCUCUGUAUUUAAAUGGGAUUGGAAUGACUCUGACUUUUUUUAAAUUAAAUAAAAGCAAAUGAAAUGCA